GCCCAAGAUGGCGGCGCCCACAAGGGCGUGAAAGACCCGCUCAUGUCUGUCCACGGGGCAGUGUGGGGGCGUGUGCGGAACCGUCUCCGAGCCUUCCCGGAGCAUCUGGCGGCCUGCGGAGCUGAGGCCUCGGCGUAUGGCAAGUGCGUGCAGGCCUCCACCGCCCCAGGAGGCCGCCUGAGUAAGGACCUGUGCGUGCGCGAGUUCGAGGCCCUGCGGAGCUGCUUCGCCGCCGCGGCCAAGAAGACCAUGGUGGGAGGCUCCUAGGAAGAGCAGUGGGCACAGGCGCCUUGUAUUGACGGCACACAUGGAGACCUUUGGGGACUGAAAGAAAAAUGUGGGUAGUAAAGUUCCUGGUAUUUCAUGGUUCUUCCCACCUUGAAACGUGGGCAGGGCAGCGUUGUUUACGAGCACUGUGUACAUGAGGAUCUGGACCUGAUUAAGAUGAACUUGAAAAUGA